UUUUACCCCAGCGAUCUGCAGAAUUGCAGAAGGCCUCCCCCGCGAGACCCCGCCCUCUCUCUGAGUGUGUGAAAAUGGAGGCAAACGCCGGCUGGGACAGCUGGGUUGAAGAAGCGCUCUCAAAACUAGAGGCCCUUAAAAUCUUGCGUUCUCUCAGACCCAUUUACCUCCCAAACUCACAAUUGAACUCCUCAAAUUCCUGUGAAAAUUUCGAGUUUUUCAGUGGCCCACACAAGUGGGACAGAAGUUCGGUUGAAGUAAUCAUUUCAGAAGCUACAUUCCAGAAAUGGCUCCAUGACAUCCCCAGUUUAGGGGAUGACGGCUGUAUGAAUGGCGAUGAAGGUGCUGAUAAUGAAUCAGCAGCAAGUUCUGGAAAGUUCAGAAAGUUGCUUGUCUUUUCAGGGAAUGAUUACUUGGGAUUGAGUUCACACCCUACGGUUAACAAAGCUGCUAUAGAGGCAGCCAGGGAACAUGGAAUGGGACCUAGAGGUUCUGCUUUAAUAUGUGGAUACACUAACUACCACAGAUUACUAGAGUCUUCCUUGGCAGACUUAAAAAGGAAAGAGGAUUGCCUUCUUUGUCCGACAGGCCUUUCAGCCAACAUGGCCUUUAUUACAGCAGUAGGAAAUGUUGGCUCACUGUUAGCUGGUGGUAAACCUUCGAGGAAUGAAAGAAUUGCCAUAUUUUCUGAUGCACUGAACCAUGCCUCAAUUAUUGACGGUAUUCGUCUUGCUGAAAAACAAGGAAACGCAGUGGCUUUUGUAUACAAGCACUGUGAUAUGUUCCACCUUGAUGCGUUACUAUCAAAGUGCCCAAUGAAGAAAAGGGUUGUUGUAACUGAUAGCCUUUUUAGCAUGGAUGGAGACUUUGCACCAAUGACCGAGCUUGUUAAACUCCGUAAGAAGCAUAGGUUUUUGUUGGUGAUUGAUGAUGCUCAUGCAACAUUUGUUUGCGGAAAAACUGGCGGAGGUGCGGCUGAGAAAUUCAAAUGUGAAACUGAUGUUGACAUAUGCAUAGGCACGCUAAGUAAGGCUGCAGGUUGCCAUGGUGGAUUCAUAGCAUGCAGCAAGAAGUGGAAGCUGCUUAUUCAAUCACGGGGACGUUCUUUUAUAUUUUCAACUUCAACACCAGUGCCUGUUGUUGCAGCAGCUCAUGCUGCUGUCAGCGUGGCAAAGGAGGAGAGAUGGCGUAGAAUCGCUAUCUGGAAGCGAGUGAGAGACUUCCAAGCUUUGACAGGAAUCCCUGUCACAAGUCCUAUAAUUUCACUUGUUGUGGGCAGUGAAGGGAAGGCCCUACAAGCUAGCCGGCACCUUUUGAAAUUAGGUUUUCACAUAACUGCAAUCAGGCCGCCAACAGUGCCACCAAACUCCUGCAGGUUAAGGAUAACUCUGAGCGCAGUACACACAUUGGAUGAUUUGAGAAAGCUCACAGAUGCAUUGUCUCAAUGCAUCAAUUUUCAGGAAAUCGAAUGCUUAUGCACAACCCUUGACUCCAAACUUUAGCAUUAUCUAUAUAUUCUUCCAUCAAUCUUGGAGUCUCUUCAGAUGUCUUUAUGCAUUCUAAAUGUACUACAUAUCAUUUUAUAGUAUAUCUAACACAGUGAAACUCAUUGCCUUUUGAGCAUCAACGAAGUCCUCAACGAGGACUGAGGCAAUUUAUGAUGAAUCACAUUUAUAUUCGUUGAAUUUAAGAACCGAAGUAGAAGGCACUUUGAGCUCAUGUUGGUUAUAGUUCUGUAGUUCAGUUUCAGUGGUUGGCAAAGCAAUGUCAUGCAUUUUCAGGCUGAUGAAUCAUGGAGAUAUCUUUUUAAUUGCUUGCACUAUAUUUUUCUACAGCAAUAGGUUAUUUGAAAGUCUUGUAUUAGGUCAUUCGUAUUAAAUUGGCUAAUUUGUCAAAUGAGCCUUCUUAAAAUGAUCAUAAUGAAAGGUGUCCCUUUGUUAA